CACCAAAUCAAAGAGGAACCAUAGUAUAGCAUCACCAACUCAAAAAAAGAGAUUUUUCAUUUAAAACAAAGAGAGAAAUAGGAAGAGAGGUGAAGCACCAAGUGGCCAUGGAGAUUGCUUAGUGAGGAGGAAAAGGAAGUAGCAGCCAGAAAGUGAUAGCAAAAGAAGAACUUGAAGGAGUCGAAGAUGGCGGCUUCUUCUUCAUCGGUACCUUUUUUCGCAAAUAUUCGAGAAGAAGAUCAAAACCAGAUGAAGCAACAGCAUUCCAGUACUGCACCAACAUCAUCUACCGUUCAAGCUGCACCACCACCUCAGAAGAAAAAGAGAAAUCAACCUGGAACACCAAAUCCAGAUGCGGAGGUGAUAGCACUAUCUCCCAAGACCCUAAUGGCAACAAACAGGUUCAUAUGUGAGGUAUGCAACAAAGGGUUCCAAAGGGAGCAAAACCUACAGCUUCACAGAAGAGGACACAACCUGCCUUGGAAGCUAAAGCAGAAGACUACAAAAGAACCAAAACGCAAGGUUUAUCUGUGCCCCGAGCCCACAUGUGUUCACCAUGACCCUUCAAGGGCUCUGGGAGACCUCACUGGGAUUAAAAAACACUACUCUCGUAAGCACGGUGAGAAGAAAUGGAAGUGUGAGAAGUGUUCCAAGAGGUAUGCUGUGCAGUCUGAUUGGAAAGCCCAUUCCAAAACCUGUGGCACUAGAGAAUACAGAUGUGACUGUGGCACUCUCUUCUCUAGGCGUGAUAGUUUCAUCACUCAUAGGGCCUUUUGUGAUGCAUUGGCUCAGGAAAGUGCAAGACAACCUCCCAACUUGGGCAGUACAAUUGGGAGUCACUUAUAUGGAAAUAGCAACAUGGGGUUGGGAUUAUCUCAAGUGGGUCCUCAAAUUUCCUCAAUGCAAGACCAAAACAACCAAUCCAACGAUAUGCUACGACUCGGCAGUGGCCGUCCCAGCCAAUUCGAUCAUCUCCUUCCACCCGGGAUUGGUUCCUCUUUCCGACCACCACAUCCGAUGCAUUCUUCGGCUAUGUUCAUGCAAGAUUCAAGCCAAAACUAUCAUCAAGAACACCAAUCUCAACAAGGGUUAAUGUCAGAGAAACCAUUUCAUGGACUAAUGUCAUUUUCUGAUCUUCAAAACAGCACAACCAAUAACCCUCCUCCAGCUGGAACCAAUCUCUUCAACCUUGGCUUCAUGUCCAAUACAAGUUCUAAUAGCAGUAGCAAUGCCAACAACAACAACACCAGUCUUCCAUCUUCAGCCAUGCUAAUGCCUAACCAUUUCAACAAUGAAAAUAGCAGUGGUGGAGGCAGUGAAGGGUCUAAUCUCUUUUCCAAUAACAUGAUGGUUGAUCAAAUCACUUCUGGUGUCCCUUCUCUCUAUACUACCUCAGUUCAAAGCAACACUGCUAUGCCUCAUAUGUCAGCAACUGCACUGCUUCAAAGGGCUGCUCAAAUGGGUUCAACUUCAAGCAAUAACAACACUAGUUCCUCUCUGCUAAGAUCUUUUGGAAGCUCUUCCUCCAAAUCUGAAAGACAAGUUGUACCAGGUGGCUUAAGCAGCAUGUUUGGAGAGAAUAAUGAGAACCACUUCCAAGACCUAAUGAACUCCUUUACUAGUGGAAACUCCUCCAUUUUUGGAAGCAAGUUUGGUCCAUAUGAUACAAAUAGGACCAACUUAGAACUCAUGGAUCAGGAACCCAAUAAUAAGCCAAAUCAAAAUCUGAGUGGUGGUGGUGGAGGAUCUGGGUCUGACAGGUUAACAAGGGACUUUCUUGGGGUUGGACAAAUAAUGAGAAGCAUGAGCGGAGUUUCACAAAGAGACCAGCAACAACGUCAACAGCAGCAGCAGCAGCAGCAACAGCAACAUGGCCUUCAUAUGAGCUCCUUGGACUCAGACAGAAAUACGGCGCCGUCAAGCCAAUCUUUUGGAGGUGGAGGGAAUUUUCAGUGAGGAAAAAGAUGAAGAUAGUACACAGGGACUCGUACUUGUUCCAUUGCGAGGCAUCUUUCUCCUGAUCGAAUUCAGUUUUUUUUUUUUUGGAUGCGUCAUGUUUUGACUCCUUAAGCUCAAACCCAUUGGAGUUUUGGUUUCACAACAUGACGCAUCCAAAAAAAAAAAAACUGAAUUCGAUCAGGAGAAAGAUGCCUCGCAAUGGAACAAGUACGAGUCCCUGUAAUUAAACAGCCCAAAAUUAAUAAAUUUGAUUGUUUCUGCAGAGGUAGAAAAAUUCUCUAAUCAAACAAAAUUAUGACUAGCAUGAUCAAAACAAUUUAAAAAAAUUGUUUCAGUUUGAUAGUAAUUCAAAACACCGGGACAAGCACUAUUUGACUGAUCAAUUCAUUCUGAAUCGAAAAGGCUUUAACUGGAUAGAGGGAAAAAUCGCUAUCUCUUGAAAAAAAAAAUUAAAGAAAGGAAAUUUAUUAUUUACGAAAAAGAAACCAACAUCAACUUCUAGAUCAGUGACAUUGUGUUGGCCUUCUAGCUAGGAUUGUGCAUCUAGUCUUAAAUAGUGUAAUCUUGCUGAUAUAUAUAUAUAUAUAGAGAGAGAGAGAGAGAGAGA